AUGGCGUCGUUGUGUAUCGCCGGACUUCUCCUGCUGCUCGCCGCGCACUCCCACGCCGCCGUCGUCGGGCUCGCCACGCCUGUGGAGUACGAGUACCACAGUUAUGCGGUAACUCCUCUGUCUCCGCACGCAUAUAGCGCCCCGGCGGCUGCCGACGACGACGCUCAGGCGCAGGAGGACGUCGCUGCGUCAUCGUCCACUCUGCACAUUCGCCUGCUCCACCGCGACAGGUUCGCAGCGAACGCCACCCCAGCCCAGCUCCUGGCGCGCCGCCUGCAGCGGGACGUGCUGAGGGCAGCGUGGAUCAUCUCGAAAGCUGCUGCGAACGGUACGCCGCCGCCGGUCGCUGGGCUCUCCAGCGCACGCGGGUUCGUGGCGCCGGUGGUGUCCAGGGCGCCGACGAGCGGGGAGUACAUCGCCAAGAUUGCGGUGGGCACGCCGGGCGUCGAGGCGCUGCUGGCGCUGGACACGGCCAGCGACCUCACGUGGCUGCAGUGCCAGCCAUGCAGGCGUUGCUACCCGCAGUCCGGACCCGUGUUCGACCCGCGGCACUCGACGUCAUACCGCGAAAUGAGUUUCAAUGCGGCAGAUUGCCAAGCGUUGGGACGAUCCGGCGGCGGCGACGCGAAGCGCGGGACGUGCGUCUACACCGUGGGCUACGGGGACGGCUCUACGACGGUGGGAGACUUCAUCGAGGAGACGCUGACCUUCGCGGGCGGUGUCCGGCUACCGCGCAUAUCGAUCGGCUGCGGCCAUGACAACAAGGGCCUAUUCGGGGCGCCGGCGGCGGGGAUCCUGGGCCUCGGCCGUGGCCUCAUGUCGUUCCCGAACCAGAUCGACCACAACGGGACCUUCUCCUACUGCCUGGUCGACUUCCUCUCCGGCCCAGGCUCCCUCUCCUCCACCCUCACCUUUGGUGCCGGCGCCGUGGACACCUCCCCGCCAGUGUCCUUCACCCCCACAGUCCUCAACCUGAACAUGCCCACGUUCUACUACGUGCGGCUCACCGGCAUCAGCGUGGGCGGCGUGCGCGUGCCGGGCGUCACCGAGCGCGACCUCCAGCUAGACCCGUACACCGGCCGCGGCGGUGUCAUUGUGGACUCCGGCACCGCCGUGACGCGGCUUGCCCGCCCCGCGUACACGGCGUUCCGUGAUGCCUUCCGUGCCGUGGCAGUGGACCUCGGCCAGGUCUCCAUUGGCGGCCCCUCCGGCUUCUUCGAUACGUGCUACACCGUGGGUGGCCGGGGCAUGAAGAAGGUGCCCACCGUGUCAAUGCACUUCGCCGGCAGCGUCGAGGUGAAGCUCCAGCCCAAGAACUACCUCAUCCCCGUGGACUCCAUGGGCACCGUGUGCUUUGCGUUUGCUGCCACCGGUGACCAUAGCGUUUCCAUCAUCGGCAACAUCCAGCAGCAGGGGUUCCGCAUCGUGUACGACAUCGGUGGCCGUGUUGGAUUUGCGCCCAAUAGCUGCUGA